AUGUUGGCCAAUGCACGCUCAUCUCGGUGGCCAAAGAAGCCUUUGUCCCGAGUGGUGUUCCUGGACGUGGAUGGUGUUCUCAACUCUGCAGCAGAAAUGUCAGCAGGGCCCGACUACAUCCCAGUGGGCACCGGUGGCUUGUGGUUGGAGAGGAAUUUGUUGCAGCGACUCCGAGACUUGCUGCACAUCGGUCAGGCUUUUAUUGUGAUCUCUUCCAGUUGGCGCCGCGAAUGGGAAGCUGUUGAGGCUCUGAAAGAUUCAUGUGCCGAUGCGGGCAUCGCACGAUGGCGUUUUCUGGGUCAAACCGCAGAAAUGAAAGCGGCUGCACGCACAGCAGCCGGGCGACGUGUUGCAGAGAUCUCCCACUGGCUUACGGCAAGAAGAUGUGAGCUUGGCGUGCAGCAAUGGGUCGCAUUGGAUGAUCUGGAUUUGGCCAGCCAAUGCCCGGAACACUUGAAGAGGAAUAUGAUACGAACGAGCCCCUAUCAUGGGUUGCAGCUCAGCCAGGUGGAAGCGGCACUGCAGGUGCUGGGAUGCCGAGCCCCACUUCUGACAGUUCCUGAGAAAUGCAAGGGCAAAGGCAUUGUGUUGGACAUCGACGGUACGCUGAUUGAUUCAAUGCCAUGGCCCUGUGAUUCCGUGCCACAUCAGCCAGCACAUAUCGUGGAGGGCCAUACCGCGAUUUUUCCUCGCCCGCACCUGGACAAGUUCUUGGACUUCUGCUUUGAACGUUUCACUGGCGUUGGUCUGUGGACAACUUCAGAUGCAGAUUGGUGCUCUUUGAUCGUCAACCAGGUAUUGGGACCAGAUCGCAACUGGUGUUUUCUGUGGUCCCAGCAGCAUUGCAGUGAGCAUAUGCGGGACAAGGAUGGAAAUGAAAUAUCGGUGUGCAAAAAGCUGCGGAAGCUGUGGAAAUCCAACACCAGGCGCGCUUAUGGUUUUGACCGUUGCAGCAGCAUCAUCGUCGAGGACACAAAUCAAAAUUGCUACUUUAACAAGGGCAACGCAAUUAUAGUGCCUAGCUUCGAAGCCGACAAGCUCGGUGAUACUGUGCUGUUGAGUUUGAUAUCGUACCUACAGACAGAGGUGCUGUCGCGCGAAGAUGUGCGUUUUGCAGCCGGAUACGUUCCCAGUUCUCUUCCUGCGGAUUUUGAUGGGAAACAUUCGAUCGACUCAUAA